AUGCUGGAGCUACUGCUAUCAGAGACAGGGCCAUCCCCACAUUCCAGGGUCCAUUGCUUUAGUUGGCAUCCCCACCAGAAGGUAGCACUCUUUCUGCAAGCCACCCCUCACCAGGACAUUAGCCGACGCAUCGCUUCUUUCCGCUAUGAGCUUAGAAGUGACUGGGAUGGACAGUCUUCAAAUUUUUGCAUAGGUGCCUGUCGCCCCUGCAACGACACAGAAAUCUUAAUGGCUGUCUGCACUAGUGACUUUGUUGUGCGUGGCAACAUCCGAACAGUGUUCAAUGACAAGGACGUGCAAGAAUCUGUGAUUGCAGUCAGUGCCACGAGGGUCUAUCGCCAGAAGUUCACAUUGUUUCAACCCCGAGGACACUCUGUAAAAUCACUCGGAGAUAUUAAGACCCCUCUCAGCUGCGGGGUCCGACCUGGACCAGGCAGUUUUCUGUUUAUGGGAUGGGUACACUUUGGUGAUGCCUGGUUAGGCUGUGCUCCACGCUAUAAAGACUUCAAGAGAGUAUACGAAACAUCAAAGGAGACCCACGAAAACCCAUGUGAGAUAGCACUAGACUGA